AUGUCAAUUAUUGGUUAAAAUUUUCUAAAGACUAACAUUUUAGAAAAACAACACUUUAAUAAACACACUGAAAGAAAAAGAAAACGAUAAGAAUAUAUAAGCAAGUCUAUAUCAGAUCGUAAAGCUUAUCUAUGUUUGUCUCCUACUGAAUAAUAUAUUUUGAAUGACAAAGUAAUUGCAUUUCAUUACUAUCAAUAAGUUAUUACAUCAUUCCAGAAAUGAAUAGAGAAUUUAGGAUUUUAAGACUCCUUUUGAUAAUGAUAAUUAUGUUGAGAAGAAAGAAAAAUCUAAGGAAACAACUCUCACUAUUGCACAUUCAUCUAUAAAGAAUAGUAAUCAAACUUAACAAAGAACAAAUUCAUAAAAUAAACCAAAAUUCUUAGAAUCUAUUGUAUUUUCACCAGAUGGUACACUUAAAAUUAUCUGGGAUUUUUUGUGUAUGUUACUAAUAUUCUAUGAAAUUUUAUCAAUUCCAUUUAGAAUAAGCUUUGAAUUUGAAAUAAGUAAUGAACUAGGUACAUUCAUUACUAUUAUUUUUCUGAUUGAUAUCUUAGUUACAUUUAAUACGGCUGUCUGGAUAAAAGGAAAUAUUAAUUAUCAGCAUCCAAUAAUAUUUAGACAGUAUAUGAAACUAUGGUUCUGGUUAGACAUGAUUGCAUCAUUCCCGUAUGAUAUGGUAUUAAAAGAAACAAUCAUUAUUAGAUUAUAGAAUCUAUACUAGUUACUGAUUCCGAAGAUACUGAAUUAGGUACCAAAAAUGCUGAAAAAGCUAAAACAUUAUAAUAAAGUGCAUAAAUUUUGAGACUCUUAAAAUUCUUUAGAUUUAUUAAAAUUAUUAGAUUACUUAGAUUAGCAAAAUUAAAAGUAAUUUUUGAUAAAAUUGAAGAAUAACUUUAAACUUAUACUAUAAUUAAUACAAUUGCUAGUUUUCUUAAAUUAAGUUUUUUUGUAUUAUUUUGGUCACAUUGGUUAGGAUGUAUAUUCCAUUUUGUAGGAAUGAAUGAAGAUCCAAAUAAUAAUUGGUUAGUAGUUGCUGGUGUUUAUGAUUAACCUGUAGAAGUUAGAUAUGUAACAUCAAUUUAUUGGGCUGUAACAACAAUGAUUACAGUUGGUUAUGGAGAUAUUUCACCUUAAACAACUUUAGAGAGAUUUUGUGGAAUAUUCUUUUUAUUAGUAGCUUGUGGAGUGUUAUCAUUUACUAUGAAUUCUAUAGGAAAUACAAUGUAAUAAAUGAGUUAAAAGAAAGAUUAAUAAAAAAAGAAUAUUGCUGAAAUUAAUAAUUAUAUGCAAAAAGUGAAAAUACCUAAACAUCUUCAAUAAAGAGUAAGAAAAUACUUACAAUAUAUUUGGGAUUCAAGUAGACUAAUUAAAUUAGAUGCAAUAACAGUUAAUCUAUCUUAAGAGUUGAAAAAAUCACUUACAGUUCAUGUUAAUGGGAAUAUCCUAGCUACAUAUACACAUUUCUGUAAGACUUUUUCUCGUCUACUUUUAGUAGAUAUUACAAAAAUUCUAUUUGAAUAAACUGCAUAACCAGAUGAAUAUAUAAUUAUUGAAGAUAAUCCAAAAAACUCACAUCAUCUAUAUUUCAUAUAAGAUGGAUUAAUUAAUAUUGUACUUCCUAAAACUAGAUAAGUAGUUGCUAUACUUACAAAUAAAUAAAUCUUUGGAGAAAUCAACUUCUUUGGUAAUGUAAAUAGAACUGCAUCUGCAAAGAGUGAAGGUUUUAGUGAUUUAUUUGUUCUCAAGAGGGAAGACUUUUUAUUAAUUUUAUAAAAAUAUCCUAAAGAUUUUGAAAAAUUUCACUAAAUCUAAGAAGAAGUUAAUAAACAUCAAUUUUAAGUAUUAUAAAUACAUUGUUUUGCUUGUGAUUUACCUGGACAUGUAGUUAAAGAUUGUCCAUAAUUACAUUUUAUUGUUGAUCUCUAUGUUUAUAAUAAAACUAAGAAUAGAUGCAUUAAAUAAGUUAUGAAAUAAUAUGUAAGAAAAGAUAGAAUACAUUUUAAUUCUCUUAAACAUUCAUUUCUUAUCAAAAAGGAAGCACUUAGUAUAUAAACUAUUAUUCCAAUGACAGGAUUUAUUUUAGAAGAAUGUAAUUUAGAUGAAGUUUAAUCUAAGGGUAUUUAAUAUGAAAAAAGCUUUGUUUAACCUAUUAAAAUCAAAUCAAAAUUUAAAGAAGAUAAAAAUAGAAGAAGAGAAAUGUACAAAGUUAUGCGAGCUUAAUAGAGUUAAGUUUAAAUGAUAAAUCAAAAGUAAAAUGAUAUUUAUUAACUUACUAAAUCUCUUUCAUAAUUAAUUCAUUCAUCAACACCAUCAUUAAAUUAUUAAAGUAGUAGUAUAAGUCAUAGCAAAAUUAUUGAAAAUUAAAGUUCUGAUGAAUAAAGCGAUUCACGAAUCAAAUAAAAAGUAGAAAGAAUUAUAUCAGAAUAUCAUGUUGAAAAGGAAAAUUAAAUUUAAGAAAAUCAUAAUACGUAAAAUAAAAGUUAAUAAAAUUACUAUUUAAUUGAUCAUUUUGAAAAAGGGUAUGAUUUUGAAAUUUAUAGUACUCAUAAUAAUUUAUCUAUCGUCUUAAAAGAAGUGUAAAAAUUUUAUAAUGGUGCCCAAAUAAAACCAAAGAUUGACACAGAAUAUGAGUAUUGAUCUUGUAUAAUAAAAUAGUGUUAAUGUAUUUGAAGAAUAUAUGGAUUAUUAUGCUAUAGAUAUGGAAGAUAUUAAUAGAUUUAAACUAGAAGUAAAACCAGAAAGAUUAAAGCAAUUUUUACCAUUCACAACUUUAGUUGAAUUAAAAUAAUCACGAUAAGUUUUAAUCUAUUAUAAAAUUUUAGUUUAAAUAAAAUUAAGGACGUAUUAAAAAUCCUUAAAGAUAAUCAGAAGUUAGUUCUUCUGAACACUAUUCAAAAAAGAUAUGGAUCUCUUGA